AGGCGGCCUCAGACCCCAGCUGUCAGGGCCGGGACACUCAGUCAGCCCGCACCUGCUCUUUCUGUCUUCUUCAGACGACGCCAUGGGGCUCAGCGAUGGGGAGUGGCAGGCCGUGCUGAAUAUCUGGGGGAAGGUGGAGACUGACAUCCCAGGCCACGGGCAAGAGGUCCUCAUCAGUCUCUUUAAGGAUCACCCCGAGACCCUGGAGAAGUUUGACAAGUUCAAGAACCUGAAGUCGGUGGACGAGAUGAAGGCCUCCGAGGACCUGAAGAAGCAUGGCGCCACCGUGCUCACUGCCCUGGGUGGCAUCCUCAAGAAGAAGGGGCAGCACGAGGCCGAGCUGAAGCCCCUGGCCCAAUCGCACGCCACCAAGCACAAGAUCCCUGUCAAGUACCUGGAGUUCAUCUCCGAAGCCAUCAUCCAGGUUCUGCAGAGCAAGCACUCCGGGGACUUCGGCGCCGAUGCCCAGGGAGCCAUGAAGAAGGCCUUGGAACUUUUCCGGAACGACAUCGCUGCCAAGUACAAGGAGCUGGGGUUCCAGGGCUAAGCCCCCCAAAGCUCCCACCCCCACCCACCUGGGCCCAGGUGCAGAGGAGGGCGGGGCCUGAAGCUCACAUAGCUGUGUAGAGUUUGCUUCUGAGUGCUUUGUGUGUGAGAGGUGGCGGAAGAAGGGAGGGGCUGGGGAGCAGGAUGGUCAAGGUGGCUUCACAGGCCUGGGGCAGGGCUCCCUGUGGAGGGUCAUCACCUUGGGAACAGGGAGGAGCGUGGCCCUCCGCUCACUGUGGCCUGCAGAAUGUGGGUCAUACUUAAAUCUCCUCUCACCUAAGUCCCCACCCAAUUCCUCCCAACCUCCAAAUGGACCCACACCUGCACCCUCACCUCUAACCCCACAUCCAAGCUGUAAGCUAAGUCCCAGCCACCAUAAUUCUCCGGCCCACCUCCCUGCCCCUUGAGGAUGGCAGAACGUGUGUUUGCGAUGAGAAGGAGGUCUGAGGCACGGGGAGCCACCAUACCCAGCCCAAAGGAGACGCGGGGUGUCUGGAGCAGAAGUGUGCCUUCUCAGCUGAUGGAGUGACUCACUUGGUUUUAAUAAAAGACUCUGUAACCUCA